CGCCGCCCAAGACCUUGAAGUAGCAAGUCGCCAGGCACUCAUCAAAGCUGGCGGCCGUCCAGUGUGCUCGAUCCAAGAGCUGUCUGACAUCCGCGCGGCGCCAAUGGCCGGAUACGAAGCGGUUCUGUCGUGGCUCACCAACGAUCCAGACUCGGAAGACGGAGCUGCAGAUCUUCAGACGGUCUUCACGCGGCAGUUCAUGCAGUGGUGGGACUUUUGCAAAUCGCAAUGGGACAGCCGAGGACUGGGUGACAGCGAGGCGGGAUUCUCCGCGUUCCUCGACGCAAGCAGGCGCAGAUAUGACGCGAUAGGUUUCAAGGCGAUGGUAUCCGCCCCUUCGUUCAACGAGACCAUCCGGCGGCUAUGGCAAUUCAUGCCAGCAUCCCGACGACCACCUGAGGUCAAGAUACGUCUCGCGCCCCACCACUUCACCAAACCACUGCAGCUGAGGAAGGAUCCACAGAAGCAGACUGCGUGGACCAACUGGCUCGAGUAUCUCAGCUUCGAACUGAGGUGUUUAGAAAGGUUGACUGCCGCUGCAGAAUCUCUGGAACCGGCAUUCUACCAAUCCACGAGGAGGCUGCUCAGGGUAAAGCAGCCGAAUGGAAACAACGCUGCGAGCAGUUCGGCUGCUUUUGGUGCUCUGAAACCUCGACAGCGUCCUCUGGGUGGAAAAGGUGUCGACAUGGCCAAGGAGUUGGCGGCAGCUCGAGCUGACCUGGACGCGAGUCAAAAGUCGAUUGACAGCUUCAUUCGAGAGACGAGAGCAUACAGGCAGGCGUGCAGAGGCGCCUUCUACCAAAGGCAUCGAGUGGAUUGGGUCCUUAAGGAAGCACGUCUGAUGGAGACCGAGAUGGCCCUACAAAGCAAUUCAGCAAAGAGCAAGAAGAGGAAGCAACGGGAUGAGGAACCCCUCGAGGCACAACCGAAGAGCGCCAAACGGAGCGACGGCGUAAGAAUUGCAAGUCCAGGCGCAGCGCCGGCCACGCCUCAUCUUCGUCGGAACCCUCGCCGGAGUACGCGUCAGACAAACCCAAAAGCCUGAGCAGCCCUGGAACCGUGCGUUUGAGCCCAUCUACCGAUCGAGCACAAGGCAGCAGCAUACUUGCAAAGCAGAGAUCACCCAAUGUCUCGC